AUGUUGAAAAUAUUCCUACAAACUUCAUUGGCACAGACUUUGGCAGGGAUUUUUUCAUUCGCUGCUAUUUUUAUCACUGGCUGGCAGAUAUUCUCUCAUCUGUACUACUACACCUGUCCAAACGAACAGAGGUGGAUAGUCAGGGUCCUCUUGAUCGUACCCAUAUAUGCAUUUGACUCCUGGCUGAGCUUGUUGUUCUUCAGCCAUGAAGAGUUUUAUGUCUAUCUUAAUACUAUUAGAGAUUGCUAUGAAGCUCUAGUCAUUUACAGUUUUCUAAGCCUCUGCUAUGAAUAUCUCGGUGGGGAGAGUUCCAUAAUGGCUGAGAUACAUGGAAAACUUAUAAGAUCCGGCCUCUGUAGAUGUUCCUGCUGCUUCAUAGGCCACCAAUAUACCAUUGGUUUCUUGAGGUUUUGCAAGAGGGCUACAUUACAAUUCUGCAUUGUGAAGCCUUUGAUGGCCAUUAUAACGCUGAUACUCCAGCCUCUUGGCCAUUACAAGGAUGGAGAUUUUUCCGUGCACAGCGGCUACUUGUACAUCACUAUAGUGUACAACAUCAGCGCUAGCCUGGCCCUCUACGCCCUACUGCUCUUCUACGAGUCGAUCUCUGAACUUUUGACCUCGCAUGACCCCGUCCUCAAGUUUCUGGCCGUUAAAUCUGUGGUUUUUUUGUCGUUUUGGCAAGGCAUGCUACUGGCCAUCCUGGAGAAAGCAGGCUUCAUAAGCCCUGUCUUCUCGGAUGAAGGCAAAUUGGCAAUUGGCACUGGAACAGUAGCAGCUGGGUAUCAGAAUUUCAUCUGCUGCCUGGAGAUGGUGCUGGCUGCCCUUCUCUACAAGAGGGCCUUCCCCGUUGAAAAAUAUUCAGCUUCUGUUCUCAGCAACAGGACAGUUUCUCUUCAGAGCAUUUCUAGCAACCUCAAAGAAACCAUGAAUCCGAGAGACAUUAUGGCUGAUGCGGUACACAACUUCCACCCAAACUACCAGCACUACACCCAGCACGAACCAUCCGGUCAUGAUAAUAGUAGCGGUAGCCGCGAUGGUGGCUACGACAGUAGCAUUGGUGGCCGCGGUGGUUAUGAUGGUGGUAUCGGUAGUCGCGGGGGUGCAACUAGUAUUCGGGGAUAUUUCAGCAAGUAA